GCCCCGCGUGCAGGCGGGUGGCGCGGCGGCGGCGCGGCGACGCGCUGCGCUCUUGAAAUUUCGCUUUCGUUCACUCGCGGUUAUUAGUCGGCCGCGCGCGCUCCGGCAAGCAUGUGUUUCGCGUGACGCGUUCCGAUACACCGCGGCGGCACGUUCGAUUUCGUUGAGUCGAUCGUGGUGCAGCAUGGCUCCGCGACGGCAGGGCGCUACCGGCGAGCGGGAGUCCGACGACUCCCACGGCUGCUGCGUGCCCGGCGAGUGCCUGCGCCCCCGGGAGCCCGUGCGCGUGGAAGACGCUAUCCGCGUGCUCUGCAACAACGACACGUGCGCCGUCGGCCGGUACAUGCACAGAGAGUGCUUCGAGCAAUGGGAGGCCGGCGUGCUCGCUUACCUCAAGUCCUGUGGCCGCGCACGAUCGUGGUCCGAGAGGCAGAGACACCAGAAUCUGUGGACGAAGAAGGGCUAUGACUUGGCGUUCAAAGCGUGCGGCUGCCGGUGCGGUCGCGGCCACUUGAAGAAAGACUUAGACUGGACUCCGCCCGGCACGGCGAUCAGAGCGGACGAUGAGAAGAAGAAACGCAGGAGGGCACGGCCGGGCCGCACGCCAGCGCCGGUCGACGUCCGCUCCCGGGCCUUCAGCCUCUCGAGCUCAGGUUCCUGCUCUCCGCCGUCCGCUUCCUCGGAGCCGUCUGCGAGCCCCACACACGCGCCACCGCUCAACUUGACUCCCGCGAAAAGGAACUCGAAACCCGAACUCGUUUCCGACAGGAUCAGAGCUGGCGCCGGUGCGAAUGGCAUCUUUUCACGAAGACUGGACUUCUCUACAUUCAACCUUCUACCCAAACAUAAAGUGAACUCAUAUCAGAUAAAGAUCGAAGAUGAGGGCAACCACGGCAACGAUGACACUCGCCUGUUCAUCCUCUCAACACUUGCUGGACAACACAAACCGCGCGUCUCCUGUGCGUUGUGCAAAGAAACUUUGCAUGUCUUCGAUCGCUACCCGCUGGUGGAUGGCACCUUCUUCCUCAGCCCUCGGCAACACAUGAGCAGCGCAGUUGAGGUGAAAGUGGAAGGGCGCACACAGUAUCUGACAUGUGUAUGCAUGGGUUGCCUGGAGCGAUGCGACCUGGACCGGACGAUUCGUUGCCGCUUCUGCGGUCAGAAGUGGGACGGCUCCUCGCUUGUCCUCGGCACCAUGUACUCCUAUGACAUCUUCAUGGCCACGCCCUGUUGCGCUGAGAGACUGAAGUGUAACAACUGCUACAAGCCGCUGCUCCACCCACACCAGCGGCUCAACUACUCCGACUAUUCGCACCCAGUCACCUGCCCGCACUGCCGCGUAGUCGACACGCACUUCGUGAAGCCGCUGUCUUACUGCUUCACGAAACGGGUCUUCCCGCUGUUCCAGCAGUGGCCAUAACAAACGGCGGUGCCGGGGCCCUCUCCCGGCACCCCCCCUGAUUCGUGGGGUCUAGCGCCGUCGCCUUCCCGACGCGCGUCCCCUCCAGCGUUGCGCCCAGUCGUCAACACGAGCAUGGCCCGUGCGCCUGAACCAACAACAACAACCGAUGAGUCUGCUAAAUUCCUCAAUCCUUUGGCUAGUAUAACGGAGUCGCUGUCUUUACUCGGGCUUAGUCCGGAGACGCUCGCUAUGAGCUUCGGAGAAUCUCUGGCAGAGCGGUACCUGUCUGCCCUGCGACCCAAGCCUGCAGAAAGGCCGCUGUUGAGUACUUGUGGGGCCCCUCGUCGCACGCCGCAAGCAGAGCCCUCUAACUUGCAGCUGUUCUCCAACGACUUCAUCGAUUACUUGAACCAAAUCGCGUAAAGUGCUAACGACUCGCGCAAUGACGAACUCUAUGUGUGUCCUCAUUUGAGGCGCUAGGAAUAAUUUUUGUUAAAAUUAAGUUGGUAUUAUUGAAAAUAAUUUUAUGUAUCGGUUUAGAUCAUACUAUUGAUUUUAUUUUAAUUUUAUUCUACAAUUUGUUGAUUAAAAUAGGUAGAUGUUGAUUUAUCGAAAAUAAUAAUAAUUAGGGGUAUGUAUAGUGACACCAGAAAAUGCAUUUUGUUUUUUUUUUUAAAUUUUCGUUUGAACCAAUAACCGGGGAGUAUUCCUUCUGAAGGAGAAUAUAAAGUUUUUUUUUUUUUAAUUAUUACCUUCGAUUUCAGUGAUACUGAUAGGGUAGCCCUAUGUAAUAGGGUGUUUGUGUGGUGUGUUGUUUAGUUCAAUUUAGUUUAUUAGUUAUGUUUUAUUUUAGCAAAAUUUUAAACUUUUAACAUUAACAUUAAGUGUUAUACGAUAUUUUCGUAGGUUUAUGUCGAUUUUUUUCUUCUCUCCCACCAAAUGGCACCCAAUAUCUGUAAGCGCAUUACAGAUGUCAUUUUAGGUUAUAUUACUUUAAUAUCAUUUUCAUUUACUUACAGAUAUUUUUCACUUAAUUAUGGUAUAGGAGUUUAAUCGUAAGUAAUUGCUGUGUCACCAAUAAUAUGAUUAGCUUGUCAAUAAUAUGUAUUACAUUUACUGUAAGGUUAUGUAUCUACAUGUUUUGUUUCCACUGAAAUUAUUUAUUAUAAUAUUCAGUGAUCAGCGGAGAGUUGUAUAUGAAAAAAAUAAAUUUUAUAUUGAAUAGAAACUUUUUGGAAUCGUGCCAUAUCAAAUGAAAUAACCUCAAAAUAUUUGGAACAGAAAUUAUUUUAUAAGAUAAAUGGCCGCUUAUCACUGAAAGCAUUUAUUUAUGAAUAAAUUUUGUUACUAUCGUGAAAAUUUUUGGGCUACGUCUAUAUUUUAGGUUAAGGGUUUUUUCUUAUAAUUAUCUUGAAUGUCUAUUUAUUUGUAAGGAUAGCUAGCGCUUCGACAUUUAAUAAGCGUAUAAGUGAUGCACAUUUACUCAGUAAUGUUUAACGUUAACAUUUUAGGUAAGUUUUUGAUACAUUUGAUACUUACUACUCGCAAGUGAUUACAAGUGAUAUAAAAAUUCUAGACCUAGUGCGUGUUUAGUGGAUAGUGGAGAAAACAAGUGGUGCGGAUUGGUAGGCGCUUAUAACGGCUUAUUAGGCUGCUACUCCAUAGGUCUGCGAACACUUUUUACCCAAUUAUGGUAUUUUUAGGCAAAGAGAGACAGCUUUUCUUGGGGAAAAGAUCGCAAACCUGUGGUAGAGCGGCUUAACAAAAUUAGGGUAUCGUGAUAUCCGUGAACUAGAUCGUUCACAAUGUAGGCAAUAAUUCUAUAAAGACUUGACAAUUUUUAUAGGUAAAAAUUUUUGCAUUAUUCUAAAAAAAAAAUCAAAACUGCCAUUUACCUUUUUACUAAACUUAAUAGCUAAGUUCCAAGUUGGGAGCGUCUUUGUUUUGGAACCGACGUUCAUGAUAUUGGACUGAAUGUAUUCAUACAUGUUGCGUAGUAGGUAGAGCCUUAGUAUCAUCACCCAUCACGCGCACGACAUCAUUCUAUCAUCCGCAUCACUGCACAUCAUCAAUCAUCCCUGUCAUUUGGCAUGGUUUGAGUGGCGGCGAACUGGCUUACUGUUACUCCAUUUGUUACACACCAACAUUUUUGUUCAUAAUAUUAAUACUAUUAAAGUUAAAGUAUCAAAAUACUUGCUCACAAGAUUACCGCCAUGUGGAAUGUUGAGUCAACUACCAUUGUUCCCAUAGUUGUUUCAGUUAAUGGUCUUAAAGCGAAAACUCUUCUUUGACUUUAAAAAGAAAAAUCUUUGAACAACACCCUAAGAAGCUUUCACUUAAUUGUUGGAUCAAGAGUCGUAUACAGAAGGCAGUGAUUCUUACAAUGUUCUGAUUUGUAUGGUGUCACAGGGCACCCGUAGAGACGUUUCAUCUUACGUUCUACUAGCCCUAGAGCUCCAGUCUUGGCAGAGCUAUGCUCGUUCGAUUCCCUCAGUAACGCUACUGCAGCAGUCAUGUAAUAAUACUGCAGCAGUCAUGUAAUAAUACUGCAGGCAGCCCUGUAACAAUACUGCAGCAGUCAUGUAAUAAUACUGCAGCAGCUUUGUAACAAUACUGCAGCAGUCAUGUAAUAAUACUGCAGCAGCCCUGAAACAAUACUGCAGCAGUCAUGUAAUAAUACUGCAGCAGCUUUGUAACAAUACUGCAGCAGUCAUGUAAUGAUACUGCAGCAGCUCUGUAACAAUACUGCAGCAGUCAUGUAAUUAUACUGCAGCAGCUCUGUAACAAUACUGCAGCAUUCAUGUAAUAAUACUGCAGCAGUCCUCUAACAAGACUGCAGUGGUCUCAUUAAGGAGUAAACCAUUACAAAGUUAUACUUGAAAAUUCUAACUGCGUUCACAAUAUGGCGGUAAUUCUUUUCAAUAUAAAAACAUGGACAGUAGCUUGUCUUCUGAACAGUAAACUAUUUUCAUUCAUUUAACAUGUCGUGAAGUAACAAGAAUGUUUUUGUUUUCGUUUGAAUCUAUAAAUUUGUAUGUGACAUAAUGGGUUCUAGUAGUCAGUUCGCCGAGUGUGGUUGUACGUAUAUUAUUACCUCUCUAAACCUUUAAAUUUUCGUAUUCUCUCGCUUAAAAUUUACUGUAAAAUUGAGAAUAAUUAUAUCGAAAACUAUGAUAGCACAGUAUAGUAUUGUAAAUAAAUACCGUUUUUCUACACGCAGAUGCUUACAAAGUGUUUAUUGAGAUAUUAUAUGAAUGCAUAUUUCUAGUUUAGCCAUAUAGUACAUAAUGUCAACAAUAUCAAAGAUCCCUAAUUAUUUUAAAACGAUCUCGCGCAAGUGUAAUGUCAUCUCAUAUGUUAAUCAAUUUUAAUUUUAUCGAAGUUUGCUCGUUCGAAUAUAGAAUUAUAUUUAAAAGUUUAAUAUACAUUUAUGUAAAUGUAUGUAACCAAUAAAAAUGUUUGAAAAAAAAGUUAAAAAAAAAAUAACGAGCUGUUGUUGGUAUAUUUAGGAAAAUAUUAAAAAAAAAGAACCAGAUCAUCUGAUGGUGGCCAUGUACAAAUGAAAAAGUGGAAUGACAUUACACUUGAGAUAUUUAGUGAAAGCGACACAAAUUUUAUAGUAACAUAUUGUUUAAUAGUCAAUACAGAGCCAUCUAACUUAGAUGUAUAUGAAUGGAAUAUAAUGACGCGAAGCAUCAAGUCAUUUCCCCCUCUCCUCCGGUACAAAUUCAAAGAAUACGAUAAUAUAUUGGAAAUUAAAAUAUCCAGUUUUACGAGUUUAUUAAAGUCCUCCGAAAUAAUAAGGAUCUUUUUAAUAUUUUAUAAAGGAUGACAUUACCUCUCUAGAAUUAAUUAGAAAUUAUAUAUAUUCAGAGGGCUCCUAAAAUUAAGAAUACGUUUUCGGAACUAGCCUUUAUAAUGAAGGGUUUACUUGAAAUACAAGUAGUUCUUUCAGUUGCACAGUACAAAAUAUAACGGAAAGCGUAUAUUAAUAGUUGCUUACCAAACGAUAAUAAUCUUUGUCUGUUAAUUUAUAUUUUUCAAAGUAAAAUUAAUAAUUUACCCCUUUUUAUAGUAGUAUAUAUAAUUAAGUAUAUAACUUAUUUAACCUUUUUAACUUGAACUAUUGUGUACAUUUACUAUUGGUAAUUUUAACUUUAAUAUUGUUAAGAGUUUUCCUAGGUCGAACUAUUUUAAAACUUCGGGAUUUCGUUUGAACAAAUCUUCCAUCGUCCCUAUUCCAUUUACUCUUAAGUUUUUACCAAAGCGAAAUAGCUAAGAAGGAAAACCAUUCUGAUAUGAAACUUAAGGUUGUGUAGAUUUAGGUGGGAGGCCACGUUUAUAAAAUAGUUUUGACUUAUUCCUACUCUCUUAUACGACAGAUACAUAAUCGUAGUAUGUUUUGAUUAUUCAUAUUUUAGUCACUUAGUUAUUUGUUCAGUUUAAUAAAUGUAAUUACACAAACGUUGCCAACUUCUUAGUUUAUUUGCACAUAUUUGUUAAAUUUUUGUAAUUAAUAACAAUUUAUUUAGACACCCACAUUGAAAUUUCUUCAUGUUGAAUUUAGUGUGGUGUAAUUUAGUGAAUUGCUUAAAGUACAAAGAAACAAUUUGUUACUUUUGCAAAUUUUAUAAAGUAAAUCAAAUACAUAUUAAAUAAACUAAAAGUAACAGUGAUCUAGAUAAUCUUUACGAAAUAGUUGCCUGUAAAUCCUAAAUGAAAAGCGCAAUUGUUUCUACAAACAAGUGACUAGCCGUUAUCUUGGUUUUAAAGAAAUCUUGUAUCUCGUUUUGCGUUGGUCAAGUAGGAGCGGAAAUUGUUACUUAUUAUAAAACUAUAUCUUGUAUAAGUUCUCUUGUACAUUUAUUUGAACUUGUAUUUUAUCAAAUGCUAUUAGUACUGUAGGAGCACACCGUAGUAAGAUAACCAUCGGUAUAAUACUUGUUGGACUAGGUCUCGCUUUCCAACCUAGGUAAGACUAACCUUAUGUCAACGGUAGUUCUCACUUACAGCCUUUUCACACUGGCGUAUAUCGAGCGCCGUUUGUCGCAGUGCAAACGCCGCGACAGUGCGACUAGCAUUGCGACAACGCGACUAACGCAGUGCAAAUUAUAAAUUGCGUCGUCGUGCCGUCUGUGUCGUGCGUACAUUCGAUUAUUCUAGUAUGAAGAGGCUGUUAGUAUAAUAAUAUGUGUUUUCUUUAACUAUAAUGUGUGAAUGGGAUGAAUGGUCGUGAUCACAUACUUUAAGAUAAGUCAUCAUUUUAUUUUCAUUUCUACUUAUUGAUAAAGUGCUCGCCACUUGCGAGUCUUGUUAUAAAAUCGUGUACAUUCUGGUCAUAGGCACGACUUGUGCAUAGUUAUGUGAAAUUAACAUUAAUUAUUUUGUUCGAUAAAUCCAUUAUCAUUACUAUAUAACUUAUUGCACUCUCAAAUCUACCCUGCCCCAUUAACUUUAGCUAUACGUAAUUGGCAUAAAUUCAUUAAGGUGUAAGGUAUUUUUAUCUUUUCCAAAAAUAUAUACAGUCCCAAAAUGUGAUAGUUAAGAAGACUUAGGUCGCGCAUGCAAAGAGAUAGGAGGUCCUUAGUAUAGAUAAACUGUUUAUGGUUAGAGAACAGAAAAGUGAUAGAAAAUCGUAUUUCACAGAAUAUUAAAAAUGGUGGCAUUUUGUAUCGAACAUUUCAUUAUCAUCGCAAAUAAUCUCUCAUAGAUUAAAAGCACAUAUUUUUCAAAAAGCAGAAUAUCUCAGAAUUCUUUCUAAAGAUACGAUAAACAUAAAACAGGCAUCCGGUGUCCAUUAUGAAGCUCAAAAUUUUCAAACGCAUUGGCUGAUUAUUAGUAUACGGCUGUUAUUGGUUAGUGAAAGAUUCAAAUCAAGGUGUUAAUUAUAUUUUGAUACUCGAUGUUUUCUACACUAGUAGUAUGUAUAUUAACCUUUUGUAUUAACUUUUGUAAUUAGGCUUAACAUCGCACUCCAUCGCAUUUCUCAAUUUGAGUGAUUUAAAUCAUUUUGAUAUCAUUACACAUUCAUGAAACAGUUUGUAUCUCAAACUAACAAAUGCGAUGAGAAUGUGACAAGUGAUAUAAACAGCAUUAUCGAAACGUUACAAUUUGGGGUUUGACUUAGAGACUUGCACAGACACAAAAAGACUGUAACCAAUACUAAAAACUAGAUCCAUAGAUUAUAAAUCUCCAUUUUGUAUAUCUAUUUAACGAUUGAAGAAUUAUAUUGUAGUGUUUCGUAAUAUUUUCAAACAGUACCAAAUCCCGUGUGUAAUUUUAAUUCUGUGUGCACUUUUCUAAGUCAUCAAUUCCUCGGUAUGAAGGAACUUAAAGCAUGCGAUAGGUGCAGUCUUAAGGAAUGAAAAUUUAAAAAGGAAAGAGAUUGUGGUAAGUACGGCUAAAUUUGGGUGAUAAUCUUACGAAUUGGUUAAAGAUAAUAAUUAAGUUAUUGCGUGGCAAUUAGACUAAUUACUACGUAACGCGCGGGGUGCAUCAGGGUAUGAGUGUACUAAUUUGUAAUGAGCAAAGAGAAAUACUUUUGUACUUUCGUAAAAAGUUAACAAGUAAUUUAGUGAUAACGUUUUUUCUAAUUAAUGUGUAAUUCGUAAAUUAAACAAUCAUGUUAAUGUACGUUUUUUUACUGAAAUCGUAGCUGUAGUAAUUUUUGUAAGACAAAAACGAGCACCGACUCGUACGUGUAUCAAGAGCGAUAAUAGUUAUUGUGUAAGACCGCUCGUUGGUCCGUUGAGGAGUCGUCUUGACCAGUCCCGAGAGGCGAUUGACUGCAAUUGAGAUCACUUCUUGACGCGUGACCUUCGGUGGCAAGGUCAUUUAUGUCUAGGCUAGGGUAUCCUCAAGUAAUGUGCGUUUUGUGUCCGAUGUUUUUAUGUUGGUAAUUGAAAUUUGCAUUUGAACUACAAAAUAUUGCAGUGAGUAAACAUAAGUUUAAGUGAAAACUAAGCCAAGAAGUCCAAUCUCGGUUCAAUAUGGUGUGCGUAAAAAGUUGAUUUUGCGAGUUGGUACCAAUCUCGGUUCAAUAUGGUGUGCGUAAAAAGUUGAUUUUGCGAUUUGGUACCUACAGGUCUAAGUAAACAACUAAUCGCCGCGGACGGAGUUUGAAUGAUUGGCUUUAAUACUUUAUAAGGGUCAAGGUGUCAGUUAUUUUUGUUCAAGGUUAUUUAACACUGAACUGAGAAAUUGCAAAAAUCAUCUAAAAUAACUCUCAAGACAAAAUUAGUGUUAUAAAAUGGUAUCCAAAAUUUAAAAUACACAUUUUAUCAUUGUAGUCAUAAAAUUAUACACCAAUUUUUCUCCGUACCUAAAGUCUCUUUUGACAAGGACGUAAAAAGAGAUGAGUACAGUGGAUACUAUACAAAAUUGAAGAAUUGCUUAAAUGCCUUGACCCUGUGAAUCGCGACACAAAGAUACAUUUGGAAUUAAACUGCUACAAGACUUGAAACAACUUGCUUCAUAAUAUUUAAUUUCGCGUUAAGCAUUUGUAUGAGUAUGGGAUGAAUGAAGUAUGCCUAAUGUUUUAAAAUGUUUCCUUCAUUUCUAGUGUAGGUAUACUGGUUAUCUACACAUAAUUAUUAUUAAUAUUGGGUGUGGUCGUGUCAUAUAUUAUGUAUUUUACUAUAAUGAUCUCUUGUUUACUUACAAUUUUUCUGGAAUAUGGCUCGAUUAGAGACAAAGUUGGAAUGAGAAGCUCAGAGAAACGCCAAUUGACUAUUUUUAAGUGUAUUCGAUAAGUGCUUGAAAUAACGGAUAAGAAACGUUUAAAAAAUAUAUUAUGAUAUAUAAGUAUUACCACUAAAAAUUAUAUUAUUUUUAAACGAUUGGAUUAAGUCGUAUAUUUUUGUAAAUUUGCAGUCAAUGCAUGAGGAAUUGGCGCGACAAAAGCGAAGAAAUUUACGAUUACGUAAAAGCUAAAAACAGGCAGAACGAUUUUUGGAGAACGUCAAAAUGACUAUGCCGCCAACGGCGUGACAACGCUGCUGCAGCGAUGCGGUCUCUCUUUUUGUCUGUCUUUAGCUUAAGAGUACGCUGUUUAAGAUAAGGAAACAAGUUCCAAUUUGUAACAAUUGAAAAUAAUGAGAAAGCUAUUCAUUUAUAACGAUAGUGAGCGAUGUAUUGUCUAUUUUGUAAUGUUGGUAAAGCAUGAUGUACUAGAUUUAAGGUUGUUUCAGAAAAUUGUAAUAAAACUAAGGAGGCAAAAAAAAACAUGUUAUAUUUUAUACGAAUCCUGAUAUUUCGCCCGCCCCAGCGGCGAGCUUUAUGUUACUUUACGAAGUUAGUAUGUAAGUUUACUCUUUAAAAGAGUUUUCGCAGGUAGUAGUUUUAGUAGGCUUAGUGUUUUUUAUACCGGCUUGAUGUUGUGACAUUUAUUAUUAAUAUGAUAUCGAUAAAACGCAGAACUACCGAAUGAGCGGCCAACAUGAUCAAUAGCAGAAUGUGUAGUGGGUAUCGGGGAAUGGUAUCGGCGAUUUCCAUUGAUUUAGUUUAGCGGGCAGCAUUCCUGCUGUUGUGAUUUACCAAAGUGUCGCAGUUCGCAAGCAUAUCAUUUUAAUACAACGCUAGAUACGUUUUCGGUACAAAAUUUAGCGAAGUUUUUAAUUCUAUUCAAUUAAUAUAUUGUUAGACAAUUCCUCGUCCCCAGCGCUGUACUGGACAGUGGCGGACUGACUUCAGAUUUAAUUGAAGCCGUUUCUAGUCGACUUCAUCGGCUUACAAGUGAAUCGUUCGCCCGAUCGGAGGUAUGAGUUCAACUUGAUCCACUACAGCUAUGGCGAUGAACCUGAAACAAUUCAGUUAUUUAGCAGAAUUAUAUUAUUGUCUAGUGUUUCCGAUUAUGUUACGUUUUAUAUUGCUUAUAUUAUAUAUUAUUGAUACAAUGUUCAUUAAGUAUUUAAUAUUCAUUUGAUGAGGACCUAGUCGAUUCUCUAUGAUAUCACAUCUCCCAAAGUACAAAUUCCUUGUUGUUUAGUCCAAUUUUGUUUGACUGUUAUUAACUGGAAAUUUUUUUAGAGAGAGUUUGCCUCGUCUGGUCGCGUGGAUGAUAGACUUUGUUUACGAGUCUAUUUCGGUUCGUUUAUUCUUUGCCAGUGACGUAGUUCGACCAAUCGGCGCGCUGCGUCUACGGCAAAGAUCAUUCGUAGAUAACAGAUAGUUCAAAUUAAUCCUUAAAAUUAUUUCAGUAGAUACGAAUAUUGUGCCGUAAUGGCAACUAGGAAUUACGAAUAUUAUUAUGUUUAGCAGCUCUUAAUUUAGUUUGAUGUUAGAAUAAUCUUAAUUUACCUACUUUUAGUUAAAUUGCACAAUUAAUAACCCAACACUUAGUUAUUCAUUACCUACACUAAUUUCUACUGUAUUCAUUCACACACUGGUUAUUUUUAAGAUUUUAUUUUAACUUGGUAAACUAAUGCUCAGCAUUUCUUUAUCGGGUAUCUUUGUUUUAUUUACCAUUGUAUUUUGUUAUACGUAAUCGCCUACUACACAUUAUCUAAUUGGAAAGCUUAAUUAGCAUUGAAAUAUAUUUCAAAUGACACUAUACCUACGAUAAAUACAAUAAAACUUUUAUAAAAAUAAAAUAAAAAUUUGAAAAAUA